AAAAAAAAACUAUUGAAUUGUUUACUGUUUUUACAAAUGAAUAAAGACUGAUAUUGGUGCUGAUGACGAGACUGUAAUUUGGAAAAUUACUGCAUGAAAUUCAUCAGAUUUGGGAAUGACGGCUUUGGAACGUUGUCCAAGCGCAGAUGGAAAAUUCUCGACGCAAGAAAAAUUUCGGUUUAUAAGCGUAUCAUUCAAACCAUGUCGAUCGAAACAGUUCCCUAUGUCAGUGUCCAGCCAGACUGGGAUCAAGUCGUCAAAGACGUGACCAGUCAAACAGUAGCAGCCGAGAAGUUUUGGAUAUCUUUCUAUUGCACAGGUAGACAGAACAUGAAUACGCGGUUGUUACAUUGUCCUAAUGCGAUCGUUGACUGGCAUAGGAAAGGAAUCCGUGCACCAUAAAGUUACAGUCACCACUUCGACUUUGGAGGCGGAAGGCGACUUUAGCGUCCAACGUGUCAAUUCCGUAAGUAUUCAUUGGAGUUGGUUUUCUAUCUGGCUGAGGUCUGAUCAAUAUUUGCUGUCCAGCGAGCCAUGAAAGUGGAAUGUCCAGUACUUGGUAUCC